AGUAGAUAGUGUGUUUCCCAAGGCAAGGGGGGGAUGAGUGUGGGUCCAGAAGCACAAUGAACAGCUGUAGAAUUGCGCUCACUGUGGUUUUAUUUUGUACUUGCCUUGUUUUCUUUACAUCAGCAAGACUGGAAGUAUGUAAUGAGCCAAUGGAUGAAGGGGUACAUGGAGACAAGAUUGGGAUCCGACUCUACUAUGAUAAAACCACAGAUCGCUGUAAACCAUUUGCAUACAGAGGUGCUGGUGGGAAUGGGAAUCGCUUCUUCACUGACAGGCAGUGUAUGAAGAGAUGCUCUACGUUAGCUGAACAAAUCUAUCCGGAUGAUGACCGUGUUUGCCUCUUGGAGAAGGAUCUUGGACAUUGUAAAGGGACCUACUUGUUGUGGUAUUUUGAUCAUGCGCUGAAGAAGUGUAGGACCUUCAUUUAUGGAGGUUGUGCAGGAAAUGGAAAUAGAUUUGUUAAUGAGACAACAUGUUGCCAGACGUGUGCUCAGGCUCCUGCGUGUGAACAAACAGGAAAGGAAGAUGAAGGGCCUGAUGUAGGCUUGGUGCUUGGAAUCACUGUGGGAUGUACUGCAGCAGUUAUCUUGAUAUCUUCACUUGCCAUUUUCCUUCAGAAAAUAGUGAAGAAAUAUUCAACCAGAGAAAAGAAGCAAAAUAACCCCCUGGCUAAUAUGGAAAUGUACUAACCAGAAAGAAAAACCUUCUUAUUUCCUUGGAUUAAUGCAGUGAAUUCCUUGAUUUGUAUCAUAUGGUUUUGUUAUAUGAAAUAUUGUUUAUACUUUCUAAAGAACCUAUAAAAUGCGUACUGGGAUUUACACAUCCUAUUCAUCCGGUCCAGUGUAUGGGACAGCUCUCAUCCCAUUUGAGGGACAUAUGUAAGAAACCCCAUAGCUUAGUGCACUAAGCAUUGCUCUAGUGGUAACUUAACUCAAAAUACUGUCUCUCUGAACUAAAUCCUGCUUUUAGCUACACAGCUGGAAAUGAAGAAUAUCUCCACUGAGCUUAGUCUAAAUUGUUUAUGAUGUUGUGGGUAACUAGACCAUAUGUGCUUUUAGUGAGUCUGUUCUUCCCGCUUCAGGCACAUGCAGAAUUUCCAUUAAUGUUAAUUAGCAAGACAAUGUUCUCCCAAGACUUCUUGUGGCUCAGUAGUGUGCUGUAUGAGAUGCUUUCCAAACUCCUCAUCAGAGAAUCUUUACUGAGAUGGUAGUUCCAAAAUCAUCUGCAUUAUUAAAUGGUGAUGUAACACUUAAGUCACCGGCUGUACCUGCGCCUAUUGUCCAUGUGCAGUGCAGUUUGCUGCCCAAAAUGAGAGAGAGAGAGCAAAGGAAUGCAAGGCUCGGAAGUACUGCAGCAGUA